AUGUCCACGAAAUCCGGGCCGACGUUCUACCAGUCGCUGGUCGUACGUUCCAUCACCGCUCGUCCUACACGUCUGCAAUCCUCGCAGGGCUUCGUGCGUGCGGGUGGAUUCACUGGGGUGUACAAGGGGAUCGGGAGUGUCGUAGUGGGGAGUGCACCUGGAGCUGCUGUGUUCUUUUGCACGUAUGACACGCUCAAGCGCACCCUCCCCAUCUCUUCCGACUACGCGGCGGUCACCCACAUGCUUGCCGCAUCCAUGGGUGAAGUGGCAGCCUGCUCAAUACGUACGCGCGCCCAGACAUCGUCCUAUGGUGCCGCGGCCAAGUCUUCCUACGGAGCCGCGAAGCUCUUACUCUCGACGGAAGGCAUUGCGGGGUUCUACAGGGGAUUCGGGACAACUAUCAUGCGCGAGAUCCCGUUCACCUCGUUCCAGUUCCCGCUCUACGAGUGGCUGAAGCUGCGCCUUGCCAAGACUCUUCAUAGACCUCUACAUGCGCACGAGGCCGCCGUCUGCGGCAGCUUCGCGGGUGGCGUCGCUGCCGCCCUCACAACACCACUAGACGUUCUGAAGACUCGAGUCAUGCUAGAUAUGCGGGAUCCGUCUAAGCACGGUUACCCCUCGGUCUUCACACGCUUCCAACAGAUAUACGUCAAUGAGGGGCCAAAGGCACUGUUCGCUGGGAUUAUACCAAGGACACUCUGGAUAUCAGCCGGCGGCGCCAUCUUCUUGGGGGUGUACGAAUGGACAGUCCACACGCUUAUGGGACGUUUGGACGCAGAUUCGGAUUAG